AUGACCCUCUUAAUUACCCACAUUAUUAACCCCCUAGCCUACAUCGUGCCAGUAUUGUUAGCAGUAGCCUUCCUAACCCUAGUUGAACGUAAAGUCCUAGGGUAUAUACAAUUACGCAAAGGCCCAAAUGUUGUAGGCCCCUACGGCCUCCUUCAACCAAUUGCAGACGGGGUUAAACUCUUCAUCAAAGAGCCCAUCCGCCCCUCAACCUCAUCUCCAUUUUUAUUCCUCACUGCCCCCAUGUUGGCCCUAACCCUAGCAUUAAUAUUAUGAGCCCCCAUGCCCCUUCCCCACCCCGUAGCCGACCUAAACCUCGGAAUACUAUUUAUCCUGGCCCUCUCUAGUCUAGCAGUCUACUCUAUUUUAGGGUCCGGAUGGGCCUCCAACUCAAAAUAUGCCCUCAUCGGGGCCCUCCGAGCAGUCGCCCAAACUAUCUCCUACGAGGUCAGCCUAGGCCUAAUUCUACUAUCAAUUAUUAUCUUUACAGGAGGUUUCACCCUCCAAAUAUUUAAUAUAACACAAGAAGCUGUCUGACUCCUAAUUCCUGCCUGGCCCCUAGCCGCCAUAUGAUAUAUCUCCACCCUCGCAGAGACAAACCGAGCCCCCUUCGAUCUUACAGAGGGUGAAUCAGAACUAGUAUCAGGCUUUAACGUAGAAUAUGCCGGAGGCCCUUUCGCACUAUUUUUCCUAGCUGAAUACGCCAAUAUUCUCCUAAUAAACACACUAUCAGCCAUCCUAUUUAUGGGAGCAAUACACUUCCCACACGCCCCCGAACUGGCUUCAAUAAACAUCAUAACAAAAGCUGCCCUAUUAUCCAUAUUAUUUUUGUGAGUCCGCGCUUCCUACCCCCGAUUCCGAUAUGACCAACUCAUACAUUUAGUAUGAAAAAACUUCCUACCAAUAACAUUGGCCCUUAUCUUAUGACAUGCCGCCCUACCCAUCGCACUCACAGGACUGCCACCCCAACUAUAG